AAACGAAAGGGGGUCUUGUGAUGGUUGGGCGGGUCACCGACAGCGCCGCUGUGUUCCCAGCGCUCAACCCAGUGUACUUGAGUUGUUUUGAAUGUGCGAGGCACCGACAGGAGGGGGGCAGAACUUGAACUAAAGAUGGCGGACGUAGAAGAUGAGAUACGGUCUGAACCCUCUUCUCUGCACCCCGCGGGGCCGCGAAACGGAACCGGUGUAGGUUCGGUGAGUGGUACCAGAGGCCAGAACAUAACAAUGGUGACGUCAGGCCCACGAAUGGUACGGAUUGUAAAAUCGGAAUCGGGCUAUGGGUUCAAUGUUCGUGGGCAAGUAAGUGAAGGUGGACAACUGCGAAGUAUCAACGGGGAACUGUAUGCUCCACUGCAACAUGUCAGCGCCGUGUUACCUGGAGGGGCUGCAGACCGAGCUGGCAUAUUGAAGGGUGACAGAAUAUUGGAAGUGAAUGGCGUGAGCGUUGAGGGGGCGACACACAAGCAGGUGGUGGACCUGAUCCGGGCGGGUGAGCGCGAGCUGGUUCUGGCCGUGCUGUCGGUGCCUGCCCAUGAGGUCGAGGGCCUGGAGCCCGGCGAGGAGGGGGGCACCCCCCCCAGCUACGACUACAGCGACCGGCAGGCCGUGCCCAUCUCCAUUCCCUCCUACAAACACGUGGAGCAGCACACCGAGAGGUUUGUGGUGUAUAAUGUGUACAUGUCAGGCAGGCAGCUGUGCUCGAAGCGCUACCGUGAGUUUGCCAUCCUGCACCAGAACCUCAAGAGGGAGUUCAGCAACUUCAACUUCCCCAAGCUGCCCGGCAAGUGGCCCUUCUCCCUGUCCGAGCAGCAGCUCGACGCACGCAGGAGAGGUCUGGAGGAGUACCUGGAGAGAGGUGCGUGUUGUUGUUCCGUGCGGGUGAUCGGCGAGUGCGAUAUCAUGCAGGAGUUGACUGAAUCGGAUGAGAACUACAACGGCGUGGCAGAUGUGGAGUUGCGUAUUGCCUUGCCAGAUAAGACAACCAUCUCCGUUCGGGUGCGCAAGAACAGCACAACUGACCAGGUGUACCAGGCACUGGUGAUGAAGGUGGGCAUGGACAGCAUCAUGGCCAGCUACUUUGCCCUCUUUGAGGUCAUCAACCAUACUUUUGUGCGUAAGCUGGCCCCUAAUGAGUUUCCCCAUAAGCUGUAUGUGCAGAACCUGACGUCCGCUGUGCCCGGCACGUGCCUGGCCCUCCGCAAGUGGCUCUUCAGCAUCCAGGAGGAGGAACUGCUGCAGGACAACCCACUCGCCCUGCACUACUGCUUUCACCAGGCACAAGACGACGUGAAGAAGGGCUUCAUAAAGGCUGAGGAUAAAUCCUACCAGCUGCAGAAGCUCGCAGAACAGCGCAAGAUGGCUAUGUAUUUGAGUGUGUUGCGGUCGUGUGAGGGCUACAAUGAGGUGGCGUUCCCGCACUGCUCAUGUGACUCACGGAGGAAGGGUCAUGUGAUCGCAGCCAUCAGCACCCUGCACUUCAAGCUCCAUGCCUGCACAGAGGAUGGAACCCUAGAGAACCAGGUGAUUGCAUUUGAGUGGGGUGAGAUGCAGCGCUGGGACACAGAUGAGGAGGGCAUGGCCUUCUGCUUCGAGUACGCCAGGGGAGAGAAGAAGCCUCGCUGGGUCAAGAUCUUCACACCUUAUUUUAACUACAUGCACGAGUGCUUUGAAAGGAUCUUCUGUGAGCUCAAGUGGAGGAAAGAGGUUGAAGAGGAGGCAUCAGACCAGGACAAUAAGAACUGCAGUAAUAAUGAGUAUCUGUCUCCACUGGAGCAACCCCAGGGCUGGAGGCAUGUUGGGGGGGAGAUCGCCACUUCUUAAGGGCUCCCCAAGUGAGCAGGAGACCCACGCACACACACGCACACACACACACACACACACACACACACACACACACACACACAACGCCCCCAUCAGCCAUCCCACACCUCUCCUACUCCAGUGUCUCACACAAACAUACAUGAAAACACACGCAUCCCACUUCACCGCAGGGCUAUUACAGCAAGGACCCAGAAGACGAAGUCUAUGUUGUUGAUGGUGGUUGACGAAGAAGAAGACGAGGAGGAGGAGGAAGAGGAGGAAGAUGAUCGUCCAGAAUAGAUGCUCAUGCCAUUCGUAGAUGACACUUGAUGAUACUCUCGACGCAUCACCAGGGGCGGGACUUUGGCUGUUAUUAUGCCACGCCAUUGGUUGAAAAGGAAGAACAGCAGGACUGUGAUUGGUCAGUGUUGCCCUGGUCUGAAUGAGUAUUGGUUAAAAACAGGUGAGGGUUUGUGGACUAUGCUCAGUGUUGCAUUUGGCAAAAUGGUAAAGGCAGCAACAUGCCAACCGAUUGGCUGAAAGGGGCCAGUGUUACAGUAUGAUUGGUCAGAACCCAAGUAUAUCACAUGUUGCUAGUUUGAUUGGCUGACAGCAGAGAACAGGGGCUGGAUUUCAAAUGGAGAUCUACUAACUUCUGUCUAAGGUGAAACUAGAAGAGUAUUUUUUAUUUUGGAGAGUGCUUAUCGGGCAGACAGACAGACAUACUUCCAGCCAGUAAUGGUCUCCAAUGGCAACUAAAACUCAGAGCGCCAGUCUGACAACAAAAAAACAGAUUUGGUGAAGGGGAUUGAAAUAAAUAAAUUAAAAAAAGGAAAAGUUAUAUUAUUAAAUAAUGUAUCUUGAGAGAAUUUUAUCUCUGAAAACUAAUCCCAGUCUAAAGGACACCAGUUAAGCAGGCACUCGUCAAACUAUCUAUGACUCCCAGUCAGUGAAGCCUUACAUGAAGAGGUGUUAUCCUACACUUACCAAGGGGGGAGAGCUCUGGCUGCAGCCAAGGGGGAACCCCUGUAUGUGCUCAGUAUAUUAUGGAGAUGGAUUUGAGAAUCUAAGGAAUCGAAUAACAUAAGUCUUAAGUGUGUGUGUGUGUGUGUGUGUGUGUGUGUGUGUGUGUGUGUGUGUGUGUGUGUGUGUGGGUGGUCACCACUCCACAAUGCGCUCCAGAGGUGUGUAGAGAGAGGGAAGAGAGCGCAGGUGUAUUUUCUGGUGGGAGUGCAGUACCUUGUGUUUCCAACAGAGGGCAGUAGCGUGCAGUGUCAGAAUUGCCUUGGUGAAAGUGAGAGCGGAGAAGGUGGGUUUGCAUGUGUGUUUGCUUGUGCACUCUUUGUGAGUGUGUGUGUGUGUGUGUGCACACAUGUGUGUGUGAGAGUGAGACAGAGUGUGUGUGUGUGUGCGUGUGUGCAUGGCCAGACAGAGCUCCCCAUUAGCUGAGACCUCCGCUGGGCGGUGAGCCUCCCCACGGGGCUGCACUCCGGAGCGGAGGGAUCAGGCUGGAUUAUUACCUCUGUGGCGCGCAGCGCAGCGCAGAGCAGACCUGCAGGUGGAGCCACCAUCUAUAUGCCAGCUCACACUCACACACAUGCUCACACACACACUCACGCUCAUUACCUCUCUCUCUCUUUCUCACUCUCUCUCGCUCACUUUCCUGUGUGUGUGAGAACAGGCGAGUCCUGUUUCCGUGGGCUUGCCAUGUGCCGUUUUUCAUCAGCUUAAUGUCUGGUUUGAUGGAUCCUGUCGUUGCUGUGACGACAUCACGUUGACAGCUGGGUGUUUGUCUUAGUCAAAGUUGCCGUUAAAUGCUGUCCCAGUCUGUUGGCGCUCUGGAGACUUUUAAGUGGCUGCUACUUUAAGAUGCUCAUGCCUUUGGUAAACAAACAACCACACAAACACACACACACACAAAGAUUUAGCUUUGCCCAUCAGUUUUUUAGUCAAAAUCUCUCUCUCUCUCUCUCUCUCUCUCUCUCUCUUUCUCUUUCUCUCUUUCUCUUUCCGUCUCUCUCCUUCUCUUUCGCAUACACACACACACCACCUUGCCAAUUCAUUCAAAAGCGCGCGCACACACACACUCAAAUCGUGCCCAUUCGCUUAGACACAUUUAAGACACACACAGACACACACACACACACACACACACACACACACACACAUACUAUGUCCAUCCUCUUAGUUACACACACACACUCUGGCAGGUCUGUCCAAUCCUGUGUUUGGCUGAAGCUGGUGGUUGCUUUGAUGUUUUUCGGUCCUAACUCUAAAUGGGAGCAGAGCUCCUGCAGUCUCCCUCUGAGCACUCCAUGUCCCCUGUGCAGUCACUCUUUCUCUCUCUCCCUCUCUUUCUCUCCCUCCCCCUCUUUCUUUCUUUCUUUCUCUCUCUCUCCCUCUCCCUCCCCCUCUCUCUUUCUCUCACUCCGUCAUUCUGUCAGUUUCUCUCCCUCUGAGUGCCUUUCACUCUCGCCCUCUCUCGCCCCCCUACUUAUCUCUCUAUCCCAUUCUGAGUGUCUCACUGCCCCCCCUUCUCUCUCUUUUUUCUUUAUUUCUCUCUACCCCCCCCCCCCCCUCUCUCUCUCUGUCUGUUUGUCUCUUCCGUGGGCUGCCUGUCUGCUGUGUAAGAGUGUGGGGACGAAUGUACCAGAAUGUAUUUCGAAGCCGGGAGACGAGUGUUUUUGCUCGACAGCGAGAGCAGUCUCCUCCCCAGUCCACUCUGAUUCAGAUUCUCGCCUAAGAAAUGUCAAAAUGUCAAAACGCUUCUUGGCAAUCCAAGGGCAAGACGUGGGUGACCGACCGAACCUCUUGCUGUGUUGUGUUAAGAAAGUCCCCAUGCUGAGGUUUACAGCUCUUUCUGAAUCACUGUUGAUGAGUGUUAGCCAGGGUGUUUUAGGGAAAUUUGUGGCAUUCCUUAGGGCGAGCAAGGUCCUUUUUGUUCUAACCGUGAGGGAAUUGAAGCCUAAAAAAAAAACAAAAAAAAAAAAAACACGCAUUUCUCUGUGUUCUGCAUUAAACGUGUAAAUUAUUGCCCAAGUGUCGUUUUCAACUAAACACUCUGUAGGCAAAACUGACUGAAAAAAAACUUUAAUUUAUUUUAUUUUUGUUUUGUUUUGUUUGUUUGUUUCUCUUUUUUGUUUUAUUAUUUUGGCAUAAAUGACGGAAGAAGUAACAGGAAAAUUCUAUAGUAGUGUAACGUUAGGCCUAGUUUGUUCUGUGUUGAGUGUGGGUUUGGGGGUCUGACAUGUUGGUUCUGUUCUCUUCUGUUCGUUUUGUAUGUGUGUGUGGGGGGGGGGGGGGAGGGUGGAGCCACGAGCUAACAGCACAUGUCAAAUGAAGGCCUGCCAUUGGUGCAAUUUUUUUCAUCCAGCUUCUGACAUGAAUUAACAAAAAUGAUAAUGAGGAGCAAACGGAUAGUUUUAUAUCUAAAACGUGUGAUGGUUGAACUAACCAUAAAACAAGUCAUGUAGAGUAUUACAUUGUAACAUAUUUUAAAUAAAAUGAUAUAUUGAUUCAAAGUUA